CGCGAUGCCCGGCAGCCGCCUGCCGUCUGCGCUCCCCUCCAUUUAGCCCCACAUCCGAUCCGCGCUGGACGCUUUUGGGAGUUAGCAGAGCACUCUUCACCCCCGUUUUUCCCCCGGGAAACAGCACCAGCCCCCCUCCCUACCCCUCCACCCCGUCCCCGGUCCCUCCGCGAAGCAGCAUGCCCGACUCGGCAGCGGCGUCCACCAGCAGCAGCGGCGAUGCCGAAGGCUCCAGACACCGAGGCCGGCCGCAGGGAGCCGGAGACGGGGAGCCCAGCGCCUCCUGCCAGCCUGCGGCUUCUGGCGUUCUGAAUAAACUGUUUGGGAAGAGGCUGCUGCAGGCCGGACGGUACAUCAUGUCCCAUAAAUCCUGGAUGAAGACAGUGCCCACAGAGAACUGUGACGUCCUCAUGACUUUUGCAGACACCACAGAUGACCACACGCUACUUUGGCUGCUGAACCACAUACGCCUUGGCAUCCCAGAACUUAUCAUCCAAAUACGACACCACAAGCAUACCAGAGUGUACGCGUUCUUCGUUACAGCAACGUAUGAAAAUCUGUUGCGAGGAGCUGAGGAGAUGGGCCUGCGGAAAGCAGUGAAGCCAGAGUUUGGAGGUGGAUCUCGCAGCUUUUCUUGUGAGGAAGACUACAUUUAUGAGAAUAUUGAGAGUGAACUGUGCUUCUUCACAUCACAGGAACGUCAGAGCAUAAUCAAAUACUGGCUGGACAAUCUCCGAGCCAAACCAGGGGAGGUCCUUCACAACAUCCACUUUCUUGAAGGACAGCCCAUAAUUCCAGAGCUGAAGGCACGAGGUGUGAUCCAACAGGUCUUCCCCCUCCAUGAGCAGAGAAUUCUGGGUCAGCUAAUGAAGUCAUGGGUGCAAGCAGUGUGUGAGAAACAGCCUCUAGAUGAUAUUUGUGAUUAUUUUGGAGUCAAGAUUGCCAUGUACUUUGCCUGGCUGGGUUUUUACACCACCUCUAUGCUGUAUCCCGCUGUGAUCGGCUUUGUACUGUGGAUGCUGACUGAAUCUGAUCAGACCAGCAGAGAUAUAUGCUGUGUAGUCUUCGCCCUCUUUAACGUGGUGUGGGCCACCCUGUUCCUUGAGAGGUGGAAGCGGAGAGGAGCAGAGCUGGCUUACAAAUGGGGCACGCUGGACACCCCGGCCGAAUCACUGGAGGAGCCCAGGCCACAGUUUCGGGGUGUGAAGCGGUGCAGCCCGGUGACAGGCUGUGAGGAGUUCUAUUACCCGCCCUGGAGGAGGAGGGUGUUCCGAUGGCUGGUCAGCUUUCCUGUCUGUAUCUUAUGCCUUUGCUUUGUCUUCCUGGCCAUGCUCAUCUGCUUUGAGCUUCAGGAAUUUGUGAUGGGGAUUAAAGAGCUGCCGCGGGUGGCGAGGUUUAUCCCUGAAAUCAUACUGGCCAUCACUGUGACUGCGUGUGACGAGGUGUACAAAAAGAUAGCCUGCUGGCUUAACGAUAUGGAAAACUAUAGACUCCAGAGUGCCUAUGAGAAAAAUCUCAUCAUCAAAAUGGUUCUUUUUCAGUUUGUAAAUUCUUAUCUAAGCCUUUUCUACAUUGGAUUCUACCUCAAAGACAUGGAGCGUCUAAAAGAGAUGCUUGCUACACUGCUGAUCAUUCGCCAGUUCCUGCAGAAUCUAAAGGAGGUACUGCAGCCAUACCUUUAUGAGCGCCACCGACUGGGCGAGCUCACGUUGCGCGCCGUCUGGGACCUGCUUGUCUCUGCUCUGCUCAAAUACGGGCGGCUGGCAGCUGGCAGGGCUCAGGUUUCCCCCAGUGACCCCACAAUCCCCGUCCCGGGCAUGCGGGGGAGCCGACAGGGCCUUCUGGGCCACCAGGAACGUCGUGAACGCAAGUGUCUGAAUGGAGGCUGCGGGGUGCCGGACGAGGAUGGUGAGGAGGAGCUCGGAGGAGAGAGGCAGAGCGAGGAGGAGAGCGAGGAGGAGAGCCUAGUGGACUGCGGCCUCAAACUGCGCAAGGUCAGCUUCAUCGAGAAGGUGGAGCGCAAGUCCAUCGGCUGUGUGAGUCCCAUGGAAGACCACUUCCUUGAGGAGGGGAGCCCCACCAUGGUGGAGAAGGGAAUGGACCCGGCCUCGGUCUUCGAGAUGUGUGAUGAUGACGAUGAUAACGGGAUCCCAGAGACCAAGGAGCUGACAGUAGAGCCACCAGCACCUGCAGGGUCUGAAAGCAGUGCACCUCCAAGGCUACGGAGGAGAGGCCGCAGCCUGGAGAGGGCCGACAGUAAGAACAAGAAAGAGUCAUGGAUAGAUCCGCCAGAGGAGCAGGAGGCCACCACACUCACCCAGGCUGAGAUUGAGAGCUGCAUGCAAACAUAUGAGGACACGUUUCAAGAUUACCAAGAGAUGUUUAUCCAGUUUGGUUACGUGGUGCUCUUUUCUUCUGCCUUCCCAUUGGCUGCCAUGUGCGCCCUCAUUAACAACAUCAUCGAGAUCCGCAGUGACGCCUUCAAGCUGUGCACAGGCCUGCAGAGGCCCUUUGGCAUGAGAGUGGAGAGCAUUGGGCAAUGGCAGACAGUAAUGGAGGCCAUGGGUCUGAUAGCGAUCAUCGUGAACUGUUACUUGAUUGGUCAGUGUGGGCAGCUACAGAGGCUCUUCCCUUGGCUAAGCCCCGAGAUGGCCAUCGUCUCUAUCGUGAUCUUAGAGCACUUUGCCAUUCUGCUGAAAUAUGUCAUUCAUGUGGCAAUCCCCGACAUCCCCAGCUGGGUGGGAGAAGAGAUGGCCAAACUGGAGUUUCAGCGCAGGGAGGCAUUCAAGAAGCACGAGCGCCAGGCGCAGCAGCACUUCCAGCAGCAGCAGCAGAGGAAGAGGGAGGAGGAGGAGCGCCAGCGGCAGGCCGAGUACCAGGCGCGACGAGAGCGGGACGAUGGGCGCCCCGAUGCCUCCGGGGGUGACCAUCACCACGACAAGAGCCAGGGGGGCAAGUCCAGGCCAGGUGGAGGAGGAGGGGGAGGCUCAGGGGGCGAUAAACCGAAAAGGCCCAGCUCGCUGCUGGCCAACAACAACGUCAUGAAGCUCAAGCAGAUCAUUCCGCUGCAGAGCAAGUUCUCUUCUGGCACAGCCCGUUCCCCCCAGUCGCCCACGGGAAGCGAGCCCAAGCUACCAGGCUUCCUCAGCUUCAAGUUCCUCAAAUCUCCGGAAAAUAAGAAAGAGGCAGCAGCUGCAGCAGCAGCAGCAGCCGCAGCUGCAGCUUCAGCCUCAGCUAGUGUUAGCGUUAGCAUGGCUGCACCAGGCCAGGAGAAGUCUCAGUCCCCCAGCAAGUCCUUCAACCCUGGGAAACUCUUUAACUUUGGGAAAUCAGAGGGGGGGGCUUGUGUGAAUGGGGCUCAGCCCUCAAAACCAGGGGAAGGGGGACAGCCUUCAGAGAAGCAGCCCACGAAGUCUGAUCUAAACGGUGUGCCGGACGAAAUCCCAUCCCCGGGGGGAGAGGAAGGAGAGAAUGGACACUCGUUAGACUCUGAGUCCUCAGGGCCUAAAAUCUAACCCUAAAUAAAGCACCCAUUGACGGGGGGAAAAAUGACUAACAAAGGGUUAAAGGGAAGCUCUUGAUACAGAAGGUCGUCCCAGUGCUCUCCGGCGCAAUGUAAGACUCAGCCUGGAAGCUGUCAAGUAAUACUGCAGAUGUGGAAAACGGGAUGGUGUUUAUUUUUCGUUUGCUGAGGAAAAUAGGCUUCUCAAAUAUGACUCCCCUCACACAUACACACGCACAUAUACACACACAAUGCCUUUUGUCUACAACACAUACAGGAAUGCAUGAGCUGCGUUUCUAAUCCAUUUUAAAAGGAUGUUCCAAAAACAAAAAGUGCAAUGUUAAGUUACCCUACUCUGACAAUUGUAAGCAUUUUAGUGGCCUCCAUAGUAUUUAAAAAAAAAUUUUAACACCAGUUUUAUAUCACAUGGUGAGACCUUCAAGAAAAAAAAACACCACAAGUUGAUAAUCUUGAUCUGCAUCAGUUUGAACUGUGAGUGUUUUUGGUCCUGAACUUUUGUACUUCCUUAAAGCAGCUGGUUUAGUUUAGCAAUAGCAGUGUUUCACGAAUAACAAGGUACUGCAAAACCUGUGAGCUUUAUCUAUCAGUUAAAGGAAUCCCUGCAAGACUAAAACAUAGGUCUCAAAUCAAAAGAAAUGCAAUAUCUUUGUGUUUAAGGAUAGCUUUGUGAGGAACAGUCUGGAGCUGGUGUGAAAGCAUGUGUGUAAACCAAGGACAAGUGGAACAGAGUGCGAAGAUAUAGUGUAUGUAUGGGUAAAGAAAGCACAGUGGCUAAGCAUUAUUCCACCCAGUUAUUCCAAAAGUGCAAAUAUGGAGGAUGUCUUGUCUGUAUUCACAUCUUGAACAGGCUUUUUUUCCCUUUGUUAUUGUAGCCCAAAGGCACACAAAGGGCUGGAGAUUAAGACUAUAGUUAUGCUAAAAUCCAGAAGUCCUGUUUUUGGGUAUGAUACUGUGCAUCUUCAUAUGUCAUGACCUAGAGUAUGGCAUUUAACCUCAACAUUCACUGUUCUUCAGUCCUUACAUCAUGAAUUUAGGAUAAUACUUUAAUUUGCAACUCGGAAGCCUGGUGGAACAUCGUAAAGAACAUGUAUCGUCUUUGCAAAGGGACUCUGCGGGGCGCUGUAGCAUUUCCUUUUCCAUGUACUGGUCAUACUAGUUGCAGUCUCUGAGAACAUUUUGCACUAAACCUUACUGCCGGUGAGAGGGAAAGACUCUGCUAAGAAAAGGAGAACACCAGCCUGCCUCAUAACAUAUGCAAACGCUCGAUUAUGGUUUUCAUAGCAAUGCACUACUGAAGCAUUAUAUUGACCCAUCAAGUUUCUGUACAUCUGGGUGCUUUGUCUAACUUUUUUUUUCUAAUUUAUUUGCCUAAUUUAUUCAUAAACCUUAAGGUUUAUUUAGAUGUUUCAUAUUCCAUUACUUGCCAAAGCUAAAUGAAUAUACACUGGCAGUGCCGAAACUUUUCUUUGUAAAGCCAUAACUGUUGGGAAUGUUUCAGCAGAAGUUCAGUUGAUUUGCGCUAACUCAUCCUCACAGCUCUGGUGAUGAGGAGAAAGAAGGUCCAGGUUUUUCCCCCAUAGCUUUGUUUCUUAUAGCAGCGUUCAAGUGCUGGAGAAAAGACGGGCUCAGUUCCAUUAAUUCAACGUCAACUAAAUGAAUUAACUUUAAAAUCGACUUAAAAGACGGAACCAAAAUGGAACCGGCCUCAAACUGGACAGCCAGUGUGAACACGUUGUUGAGUUAACCCUCUUAUCAGCAUACCCAAAAUACAAGAUGAUGGACAAAUGAGGUGAGAGGAAUGUUAAGCCAGUUAUUAUUUUUUGUUGUUGUUCAUACGACCAAGAGC